CUAGUUGGCAGCGCUCUCCCCGGAUGGAAGCUCCGGCCGCGGAGUGAUGGUGGCGGCAGAGAAGAUGGGCCGGGCAGGGACCAUGGCAGAGGUGGCAGGGGCGGGGCGCCUGGCAAUAGAGGAGGCUGUGGUCUACAGGGGGCUGUAGGUGGAGGCAUGGCUCAGGCCAGCAGCGGGAACGGCAGCGAGGAAGCCUGGGGGGCACUUCGGGUGCCGCAACAGCAGCUUCGAGAGCUGUGCCCAGGAGUGAACAACCAGCCCUACCUCUGUGAGAGUGGUCACUGCUGCGGGGAGACAGGCUGCUGCACCUACUACUAUGAGCUCUGGUGGUUCUGGCUGCUCUGGACUGUCCUCAUCCUCUUUAGCUGCUGUUGCGCUUUCCGUCAUCGACGAGCUAAACUCCGACUGCAGCAACAGCAGCGGCAGCGUGAGAUCAACUUGUUGGCCUACCAUGGGGCAUGCCAUGGGGCUGGCCCUGUCCCUUCCGGUUCACUGCUUGACCUUCGCCUUCUCAGCGCCUUCAAACCCCCUGCCUACGAGGAUGUGGUUCACCGCCCUGGCACACCACCGCCUCCUUACACUGCAGCCUCAGGCUGCCCCUUGACUGCUUCCAGUGAACGUACCUGCUGCUCCUCUGCUUCUAGCUGCCCUACCCGCUGCGAGGGAACAAAUGUGGAAGGUGUUUCCUCCCACCAGAGUGCCCCCCCUCAUCAAGAGGAUGAGCCUGGGGCAGGGGUGAGCCCCGCCCCCACGCCCCCAUCCUGCCGUUAUCGCCGCCUGACUGGUGACUCAGGUAUUGAGCUCUGCCCUUGUCCUGACUCCAGUGAGGGCGAGCCAAUCAAGGAAGCUAGGGCUAGUGCCACUCCACCAGAUUUGGAGGACCCUUGUGUGCUGUCCCUUGAUCCUGUGCCCCAGGUCUCUCCUGUGGGGCUAGCUUCCAGUGAAGGGGACAUCCCAUAAUCAGUUUUGGGAGGGUGGGUGGAUUACUUGCCCACCAGAAACAGCCCUGGCCCCAACUCCUCUGAGUUCUCCUUGGCCUUUCCCUGCCUCCUCGAAUCUGCCUGAAAGGGGUGGAAUCCUGAGGAGAGUGGCUGUGUUUGGGGGACUGUGCUAGCUCUACCCCCUAAAACAUACACAGAAGCCUUUGAUCUCAUUAAAGAGAUGUGAACCAG